AGCCUGACUUGAAACAGUGCAACACAAACAAUUCAUACACCUUUUUCUCUUCCGCUCUUCUCCAAAAGUAGUUCUUCAUUUCCAAGUCAAGUAUUUGCCUCUAGAUUGCUUGGAAAAGACAUAGACAGACUCCUUUGUGUACACAAUUUUUUUUAUAUAUAUACAUACUGAUUCAAAUGCACGACCACCUUCCUUCUAGGCCUGAAUGAUUUCAGCAGAAAAGAAAAAAAACUAGGAUAUUUUGUCGCGAUUGCUUGGACCACCACACACACACACACACAUAUAUAUAUAUAUAUAUAUUCUUCUUUCAUCCUCAGUUCUGACACACCCUCAAUCCUAGAACAAGAACAACAAAGCAUUCCUUUUCAGUUUCUGAGGCUGUAAUAAAGAAUGGCAAUCAAGAAGAUGACAUGGAGAUCACUUUUCCCUUCUUGUUUUAACCCCAAGAGUCAUAAUUUGGACUCAACUAGCCAAGUCUCUAAACAGAAUUCUGCCUCCAGGAUAUCACUUUCUGAUAUAAGUGACACCGGCUCGUCCUUUUGUGCCAGUGAUCUCUCCAAUUCCAAGUUUGCAUCAAAUCUCCACAUUUUCACUCUUGCAGAACUCAAGGUGAUCACCAGUAACUUCUCGUCGAGCAAUUUUCUUGGAGAAGGCGGGUUCGGGCCGGUGCACAAGGGGUUCGUGGACGAUAAGUGUAGGCCAGGAUUGGAGGCUCAGCCUGUUGCUGUCAAGUUGCUUGAUCAUGAUGGUGAUCAGGGCCACAGGGAGUGGCUGACAGAAGUAGUCCUUCUUGGGCAAUUGAGACACCCCAAUCUUGUGAAGCUGAUUGGUUAUUGUUGCGAGGACGAGCACCGGCUUCUUGUUUACGAAUACAUGGCCAGAGGCAACUUAGAGAAUCACUUAUUCAGAAGGUAUAGCAGUCCAUUGCCCUGGUUGACAAGGAUGAAGAUUGCUAUUGGCGCAGCCAAGGGCCUCGCUUUUCUUCAUGGAGAAGAGAAACCGGUGAUAUAUCGCGAUUUUAAGACGUCAAACAUCCUUCUUGACUCGGAUUGUAAUGCUAAGCUUUCUGAUUUCGGGCUGGCAAAGGAUGGACCGGAAGGAGACGACACGCAUGUAUCAACACGGAUAAUGGGCACACAUGGCUAUGCUGCUCCUGAGUAUGUCAUGACAGGUCAUUUGACAACAAUGAACGACGUAUACAGCUUUGGAGUGGUUCUACUAGAGUUACUGACAGGCAAACGUGCCAUGGAUAAAAAACGGCCCGCCAGAGAGCAAAACCUGGUGGAGUGGGCAAAGCCUUAUUUGAAGGAUCACCACAAGCUCGACAGGUUAAUGGAUCCGAGGCUUGAAGGCCAAUACUCAAGCGAAGGCACCAAGAAAGUGGCUGCACUAGCUCAUCAGUGCCUGAAUCACUACCCCAAAUCCAGGCCAAGUAUGAAACAUGUAAUCAAAAUCUUGGAGCCUAUACUGAAGUAUACUGAUAUCCCAGCCGGACCCUUCAUUUAUAUCGCUCCAACGGAAGAGAAAAUGGAUAGAACGUUGAGCGGAUGUAAAGAAACUGAUGAGGCAAAGUUGAAGGAAAAUGGAAAUGAAGAUAAAAGAGAAGCAAAGAAAGAGAAUGGGUAUAACCGGAGAAGGAAGGGGUAUCGGCACAAGCAUCGGAUCAGGUCUCAUGCUGUCUAUUCGGACACUGCACUUUAUAAAACCUUAAGGAAUGAAACAAAGUCUCCAGGAAAUAAAUGAAACUGAUGGAGAUUAAGAAUAGGAAAACAAGUUUUGAUCAAAUGUACAUUUUGUUCUAGGAGGAGUGGAUGUCAGUAGAAUUAGCUACAAGUACAACAGGAGUACUUGUGUAUAUUUUCUUUCUUUUUGAUAGGUAUGAGUUAAAGGAAACUUGAGCAUCAAAGUGUACGAGUUUGCAAUCAUUUGUCUUAAAAUUGCUUGAAAAGGAACUACAUAUGAUAUAGCUUGUUAAGAAUGGAAGGUGUUUUAAUUGGGUUAAAUGCAAUGUAUCCCAUGUAAUU